UAUCACUGACUGUUUUUUUCUUUCUUGUUGCUAAGUACAAGAUGUGUGUUUACUAAAAGCUCUUUUCUGCUUCUCCAACACUUGUAAGCCAGCUCAAUAGCACGGAGCGAGCAAGGACGUACACACAUGCACACACGACCGCACACGCGCGUUCUCCCUGACUCGCGCGCACACACACGUCGCCUCACACGCGUACGGCGCUGCUGCCUGCAAGAACCAGCUGUAGAGAACGAGCCCAUCUCGCGCGCCGAGAGAGAGGGAGAGGACAAGAGCGAGAGAGCAAGACAAAGGAAGGCAGGGACGGAAGGAGAAAAGGAGCGAAUAGAAGCGCGGCCGGCUCCGGGAGAGGUUAAGGACGCGAGUGAAGACAAGAGAGAGGAGGAGGACCAGGAGGGUGGAUCAGGAAGCAGGCUGGUGGCUCUCUCUUGUAGGCAGCGGAGCGCGGUGAAGGCAUUAUGGGAAAUGCACCAUCCCAAGCUAAUGUUGGGGCCUGCUUUCCGAAGCAAGGUAACAACACCAGCCACUCCCAUAUCUCCUCAUGUCGGCCUGCCUCUGGCCAAUCAGAAAGCAAGGAACGCCACUUCAGAUGACAAAGGCGAACCGACAGGCAAAGCAAAAUACCCGGAGCGUGGCGGAGGUCACAUGAUCUCCACCGAUGACCUGGAGUACCCGCGUGAAUACCGCACGCUGGGAAACAGCACGCGCCGCUUCUCCAACGUGGGGCUGGUCCACACCUCUGAGCACCGGCACACGGUCAUCGCCGCCCAGAGCCUGGAGGCUCUCACCAACCUGCACAAGGCCGACAUGGAACGCAAGCGGGACGCUUUCAUGGACCACCUGAAGAACAAGUACCCACCCCAGCACUCCCUACCGCCCUCUCCAUCCCCCUCGCACGGCAGCAUGAGGGGCAGCUCGGAGAGAAACGCACGUGAACAGCAACAGCCAAACUAUUGGAGCUUUAAGAGUCGUAGUCCACGUCACUCCCAGUCCACUCAGUCAGGUUUGGCAGACCAGGCCUCUAAACUGUCCUUCGCAUCUGCUGAGUCUCUGGAGACCAUGUCAGAGGCCGACAUGCCGAUGGGCUUCAAUCGCAUGAACCGGUUCCGUCAGAGCCUCCCCCUUUCCCGCUCUGCAAGCCAGAAUAAACUACGUUCUCCGGGUGUCCUCUUCCUGCAGUUUGGAGAUGAGACCAGGCGUGUUCAUAUCACUCAUGAACUCAACAGUUUAGAGACAUUGCACGCGCUCAUCGUGCACAUGUUCCCUCAGAAGCUGACAGCAGGAAUGCUGAAGUCCCCGAACACGGCCAUCUUGAUCAAAGAUGAAGCCAGGAACGUAUUCUACGAGCUGGAGGACGUGAGAGACAUACAGGACCGCAGUAUCAUUAAAAUCUAUCGCAAAGAGCCCAUCUAUGCCUCCUAUCCUGCGGCACAUCUGGCCAACGGAGACCUCAGGAGGGAGAUGGUUUACACAUCCAGGGACUCGUCACCUACCCGCCGCCUCAACACUCUUCCUUCCUCCACUGCCUCACCCUCCUCCGGCUCCCCUUCCCGAUCCCGUCUCUCCUACAGCGGAGGUCGUCCCCCGUCUUUCGCUGGCCCGGGUCACCCUCACCCCCAGGGCUCCCAGCAUCCGUCCCACUCCCACCACCCUUCUCCCUCUCACGGACAGGCUCAAGGCCUAACCGCCUCCUCCUCGGCCAUCCUGGAGCGCCGUGAUGUCAAACCUGACGAGGAGAUGUCUGGCAAAAACAUGGUCCUCCUGAAGAAUGAAAGUCUUUAUGCUGAUCCCUACAGCUUGAUGCACGAGGGUCGACUUAGUAUCGCUUCUACUCAGUCCCUGGCCACCAUCGCUGACCCCUUCGGCUUCCCUGUGUCUGGAGGGCUGUACCGCAGAGGUUCAGUUCGGUCUCUCAGUACGUACUCAGCCGCAGCGCUGCAAAGCGACCUAGAGGACAGCCUGUAUAAACCUGGAGGUUCUCUAUACUCUGAUACAUAUGGCAGCUCUACGCUCGGCAUGGGCUUUCGUUUGCCACCCUCCUCCCCGCAGAAGAUUCCCGAUGUGCAGCUGCGUGAACGGGAUUCAUUCACCGGAUCUCCAAGCCGAGGGUCACCUGUGAGAACGACCUUCCGCAAGGACUCCGCUUCCUCUUCUGUGUUCGUAGAGAGUCCUAAGUCCAGACCCAGCUCCAGUUCUGAACCCCUAGGAGAUGGGAGUAAGGGACCUGGAUUUGGGUCGCAGUUGUCUGGGGGCGAGACGGACGCACGCAGGGAUCGUAUGGAGGCAAUGGAGAAGCAGAUAGCCAGUCUGACUGGACUGGUUCAGAGCGUCCUAACCCGAGCACCAGACAGCGACAGCACAUGCGGCCUGCUGCGUCUCUGCAUGAUGGCGGGCUGCCCUCCGGACCAGGGGGCGGACUUUUCACGGCCCUUCCCUUUCUCUUCCAGCGAGAAGACCGAAUCCACCAGCGACGGCUCCGCCACAGGAACUGGCCGGCUGAAGAAGAAAGCACUGACUCCAUCUGCCCCGCUGGCACUGAUGCCUCCGCCUUCAUCUGGGGGCUCUCAGGCCUCCACCGUCUCCAGGCUACAGAUGCAGCUUCACCUGCACGACUUACAACAGAACGCCACCGAUCUGCGCAAACAGCUUUCACAGCUCCGUAAAAUGCAGUUGCAGAACCAGGACUCCAUACGCAGUAUGUUGAAACGGACAGAGACCGAGCUGAGUCUGCGUCUGUCUGAUGCCCUGAGAAAACAGGAAGACCCUCUCCAGAGACAGCGCCUUCUAGUGGAAGAGGAGAGACUCAAGUACCUGAACGAGGAAGAACUCAUCAUACAGCAACUGCAUGAUCUGGAAAAGUCAGUGGAGGAAAUCCAAAAGGAGAUGUCCGUCAGUCACCGACAUGUGACAGUGCAGGAGCUGGAGGAGAAAAGCUCGCUGCUGCGGAAACUGGGAGAGACUCUUACAGAGCUGAAGAAUCAGUUCCCAGGGCUCCAGAGUAAAAUGCGGGUGGUGUUACGAGUGGAAGUGGAAGCCGUGAAAUUCCUGAAAGAGGAGCCACACAGACUGGACGCCCUACUUAAACGCUGCAAAUCGAUCACGGAAACUCUCACCACACUGAGGAGGCAGGUGAAUGAGGGAGUAUGGAAAGCCCAGGAUGAGUAUUCCAGCCCCUCUCCUAAACUCGGAGGAGGGGACGAUUACAGGAAGAACUCAGACUUUGACAUUCCAACCAGCCCACCGCUAAACCUCAAUGAGACCAGCCUGGCUAACUGGAGCCCUCACUCGGGUCAAUGCCACGCUCACUCUAACCCGUCUCAUGCUCACCGGGAGAAAGAUUCUCAUGGGUUGGUGGGCUCAUUGAAGGGACGGGGCCUGGAGGAGCUGGGGGGGCGAGGCGGGACUGAUAAGGCCUCGUCUGUGGAAGUGAGACUGGCAGCAGAGCGGGACUGGGAAGAGAAGAGGGCCAGUCUAACACAGUACAGUGCUCAGGACAUUAAUCGACUAUUGGAGGAGACUCAGGCUGAGCUCAUGAAGGCCAUUCCUGACUUGGACUUUGCCGCCAAGCAGAUCAAACCUGCUCAGAACCAGAACCAGAAUCAAAACCAAAACCAAAACCAAAACCAGAGCCAGAGUCCAUCUAGCACCAAUGCCACACCUGAACACAGGCCUAAUAAACCUCAACAUAAACUCUCCAGUAAAGAUGGCGGAUCCAGAAGAGGCUCGGAUGAACUGACAGUGGCAAGGUAUCGUACAGAGAAGCCCUCAAAAUCACCCCCUCCUCCACCUCCCCGCCGGAGUUUCCCCUCCUCCCCUGGGCUUACUACACGCAGUGGAGAGAUGAUCAUGCCUGGAAAGAUUAUGAAGAAGUCAGAAUCAGAGGAGAGCGAGUCUCUGAAGCCACAGGUUAAGCUGCGGAGGAGUAUAUCCGAAGCCCCCCGAUCGGCCUCCACCCCUCCGACCAUCGCUGGUGGAGAGCGAGAAGAGGGCGACGAUGACAAGCUAACAGCUGAGCUGGAGCAGCCGUCUGCAUCUCAGUCUGGUUAUCAUGAACACUCCAGUGAUUUUACAGAGAAACCUGUGAUGCAGCAUGAGAUGACCUCCACUCCAGUUCCCCAGAUAGUCUUGACUGAAUGUAACUCUCUCCCCACGUCUCCUUCUGAGGACUCAGCACAGACCAGACCGUCUGACGGUGCUCAGACAAAAAAAGACAGUAACACUGGAAACGACAUCAGAGUAAGCUACUUCAGCCACAUUGUGAGGACUCCCCGUCUGUCGCUGUGGAAACAAGACUUGACAACCAGCCAAAAAGUCCCUCGGAUGCAAGACUUGGAUGCUGCCCAGAGGGAACUCCAGAGUCCUGUCCAGGAUGUGACCCAGUCGUGCCCGCCUUUAACAAAGGAGAGGGCAAUUAAACAGCCCCUGAGGAGGGAGCCACGGGUUCAGGAGUCUCUCGAGGCGACGACAGAACCGAAAGACGAGCGAAAGAGAAAGUCGGACACUACAUUGUCCGUCUUGAGGCAAAAUGGGCCCGUAGAGACAUCUCAAGUCGGUUUGAUCCGUACUCAAGGCGUUGGAGGGGAAAAGGAAGACAUCUGCCACAGCACGUACCGUCGACUGGACAGUCUGGAGGAAACCAUCCGUGAGCUGGAGCUCAGCCUGAUGGAGUUCAGCACUGAUCCUCACACAGGAGACAUCUUGCCCACGUCAGCCCAGACGCCGCAGAGUUCCUCCACCCAGAGAUCCGGCAGCCCUCCACAUACAGAACACAACCAUAGAGACGGAGGAGAAACAAACAAACCCAUUGUCCCACCCAAACCGUCCUGCAUCAGUUCAUCCACAGCCAAGACUGGUGGCGCUAGAGCGCUGUCUCGUCUCAAGCAUCUGCAGCAAAGCGGAUCAGAAAAGGUCAAAACAAGCAAACAGAGAGAUGAAUUCCUUAAGAACCAGGGUCAACAACAGGCUCUAAGUCUGAACAUCAGCAGAGCCAGAGCAACAGAGUCGCUCCUCGCAAGCACCAGAGCCGCUAGCUUCUCUGGCCACCUGCCUUCCAGAUUACGGAAGUACCCCCAGGAGGUGGCGCUGUCCUCCUUGACUGCCUCCUCCAACCAGGCCAAAGCACUUCUGGCUGGCCUUUCCGCGUCCAGCCUCUCAGCCGAGGCCCUCCUCCUCUCGUCCACCUUCAGACACCACCGGUUACUGAGAGAGAAGAACUUCGACUCCUCAAGCCUUCCUCUUCCCAUCUCCAAUGGCCGCUCGCCUCUCUCUCCGACCUCACCCACGUCUUCUUCCUCGCCCUCAUCACCCUCGGCUCUCACCUCUCUGAGUCUGUCCUCACUGGCCCUGAAACCCUCGGCCAUCCACAGCCUGGAGUUUGACAAGGAGGGGAAUAAGACUGAACCCAAGGCGGUGACUCGGGGUGACGUGGAAUAAGGACGGUGCUGGAAUUGCAGACAGCACAAGUAGAUGAAAUGAAAUGCAACUGACCUAAAAGAAAGUUUUGUGGGGCAUAGAUUCUGUAGCUUUUGUUUCUGACUCCCUGUUCCUUGGUUAUCCUUCCUAAGACAACUUGUGGAUUACAGAGAUGUGGUGCACUGAGACAGAUAACUCGUUCUGCCUCGUGGGUUCCCUUUUCUUUAGUUUGUGAGCAGAUCCAAACUGUAAUCCCUACCUACCUACCAUGCAUUUCUGCCAGUUCCCCAAGUAGAGAAGCAACAGAUGGGCUUGGACACUCACCACCAGCCUGUUUCAAGCUCCACCGCGCAGCCAGCAUCACACCACCCACGGGAGGCCUGGGGAAGGACUCUUUACCCAAAUCCUCAUUCAUUUGCCAAAUCUCACAUGUUGGAGAUCUAGCUGAGUUCGGUAGAUGUCCAUCAAGUGUAAAAUCAAGACUGUAAGACUAUGUAAAACCAAGUAGAGUUGCAAUAAUCGAAAGUGAGUACUGUAGUAGUUGGUGUUUGUUGAGACGUUUUAUUGCUCAUAUCUAUAUCAACAAAAGGAAUGUUUAAAAAAAAUACAGCAAAAACUUAAUGUGAAGGCAACAUCACUCGUUCUAAUUGUAGAUUUUGGCUAUCGGUCAUACUGCUGAAGGAAAAUAACUGAAAUUGGUGCUAUGAUUAACAUUUUGCUGAUUAUACACUCCCUUAAAGGGAUUGCUCACCCAAUGAUGAACUUUCUGUCAUGAUUUACUGUUUUCUUCUAUUUUGGAAAUCAAUGGGUGUUGUUUUGGACCCCAUUGACUUUUAUUGUGUGGUCAAAAAACAUUCUUCAAAAUAUCUUCUUUCCACAGAUUUAGAAAGACAUGGGAGUGAGUCAAUGACAGAAUUUUCAUUUUUGUGUAAAAUAUCCUUUUAAUGCACAUGCACUGCCUAAGAGUCAAAUUUUAUUCUCAAAUAGGUCUUCAUACAGCAAUUUUACAUGCUUGCUUUAACAAGUUGUCGUGGCAAAAAGUAUGUUAUGGGAUUUAAUUUCUAUAGUUUAUUAUGGGGUUUUGGUGCUGUUUUUUCGAGUUCUUAACUGUCACAUUUUCCCCAUGUAAGGUAAGAUACAUCCCUAGUUGUCGUUAAAGACGCACAACAGGUUUUAGAGGCUAAAGUACAAUGAUCUGACAAUCAUCAAACGUUCGGCACAAGCUGCCUUAACCUGUUGGCCUCCCAGAUUGCGAAAUUGAAUUCCAAUAUAAAAUGAACAAACAGAUGGUUAGGUUCGCCGGCCCGUGUAGGGGUUGCACAAGCAAGAAGACUGAGGGUAAUUCCACAGCAUGCAUGCCAGUGGAAGUGAACCAUCGAGUGGAAGACAUCUGUGCGCUAGAGCAUUCCAACAGAGCAAUCCUUUUUCCAUCCCUUGAUUACUUUUCUAUCAAAACCACAGACAGACAGAUCAUUUUAGUAAGGUAAUUGUGUGCCAGUUUAUGAUUAGCUGUGGGGAUACAAAAUUGUCACUACCUAAAUGUAUCUGGUUAUGUUGCAUACUGAGUGGUUGUUGUUUUUUUGCAAUGAUGUUCUGGUUAUGCCCACUCAUCUUUUCUUAUUAUUCCAGUUCUCAUGACAGACACACACACAAUGUUAAAGCUUUUUUUCCUUCUCAUAAGGAUAUUCCUAUGUUGGGAAUUUGUCAGUGCCACAACCUCUGCAGGUUUCCUCAUGAGCUCAGAUAAUUUAAAUGUGAAAAGGUGAGUGAGAAUGGAAUAGAAUGAGUUUGAAUAGAGGAAAAUGGGAGAUUUUUCCAGCUUUCUGACAAAAUGAAUGUGUGAAAUUGAUUGCUUGUGGUGCAGGGUUUAAAAUAAUGGCUUAAGCACUAGGUCGACAGCGAGAGUAAAUGGCCAGAGAGAGAGAUUAGUGGUGUUUCUCCGUGUCUCGCAGCCAAAUUGGCCAGUAAUUCAUGUCCGAAGUUCACAAUGAUUCACAUGGGAGGUGCUGUGAGAGGCAAAAGGGUCAAGCGUAGGCUGUUACAUGCACGGAAACGUCUUUAUUUAAGGCAUGGCUUGACUAGACCGUUGUUUAAAUUUAACAUCUGUGAAUGAAAGAGAAAAGCAAUGCUUUUAUUUGUAAUUCAUGUCUGGAUUUGAUAUAGAACAACCAGGUGGCUCACUGGUUUACAAAGAUCUUUCAGACUCUAGAUCUUUUUCAGUCCUGUCUGGAAAGUUGCCAGGAAGCAACAUAUUCACAGCUCUUCUGCUAAGGGCCUAUUUAAAUACCCAGACCAAACUACUAGUAGAAAAUAGCAAAUGAGACGAUUCAUGCUGCAGUGAGCACACUCAAACGAUCAAAACGUUAUGCUUGUGGCUACGAUUUCUCAGAAGUGGGUUUCAUGCUUGAAUGGAGAGGCUUCAUCUUAGUAUGUGAGCUAAGAAAAUACUUUCUUGACUGCCUCAAAGACUGCGAUGAACACACGUAGGACGGUGGUGAAAUCUCCCUUUUGUAAAAAAAAAAAAAACCCAUGAUCUUUCUCUCUCAAAACAUGUGAAGACAUCAGCACACACAUGAUAUGUACAUCUUAAAAGUUAGUCAUUUAUUUUUCACUCAACACAGUUAGUAAAAAUGAUACGAGAUUUGCGUUUGUAUAUUUUUUGUUCAUUGGUUUUAUAUUAACUGAGAUUUAUUUGUACAUAAUUUUGUUUUUGUAAUCCUGAGGAAAAUAGAGCACACUAGAAAAUUAUUUAUUCACAAGAGAAGUGUUUUGUAUAUUGAGUUGAAAAUAUGACUCUGUACAGCCCAGUUCAUGUACAAUGUAUAGCUGCAUUUUAACCACAGGUUUAGAGUUUUGUUAAUUAUUAUUUUAUGAGUUGUUUUAAGUGUUGGGUGAAUCUGAAAACAAAAGAAGAAAAAAAUCCUGCCAGCCUGUCAAAAGAAAUGAAGUUAUGUGAUCCGAGUGGAAUCUGAAUUAUUGCUGAUACUUAUAAAUCUGUAUUGUGACCUGA